AUGUCUCGCGACAGGACAGCCGACCUUCGCGGCCCCACCUCCAACAACGGCGGCGGCCGUUACCAGCAGGGCCCUCCACAACGCAACAACAGCGGCGGCAACGGCGGCUACUACAACGACGACGUCGAAAUGAGCAGGUACCCGCCCGCUCAGGGUGGCUACAGCCAGCGUGACAACUACGACAGCAACAACAACAGCAGCAGAUACCAACAGCGACCACAACAUGACGAGUACUACCAGUCACAACCACAAGGUGGCCGCUACCCACCCGCCAACAACAAUAACAACAGCUACAGUCGCAGUAACAGUGACAGCACCCUGCCAGGAGGAAGGGGCGGGAAUGUUGCAAGAGUGGGAGGAGGCGGCUCGACCAUAGACAGCUUUUUCGAAGAUGUGGAAAGCGUAAAGAGCGGUAUCGAGCAGGUCAAGCAGAAUGUGCGCUCGAUCGAUCAGUUGCACCAACGGGCGUUGUUGGGCACCAGCCCAGACGAGCAGGCUCGUUACACACGCCAAGUAGACGACCUCCAAGCCCAAACGAGCGACCUCAUCAACGACCUCCGCACCCACGUCAAGCAACUCGCGGCAGCAACAAAGACCGCUUCGGCCGCCGACCGUCCCGUCCGCGACCAACAACAAAAAGCUCUCGCAAGCAAACUCAUGGACGUAGCCCAACAAUACCAAGAAGUCCAGCUCCGCUCCAAACAAAAGUACCGCCAGCGUAUGGAACGCGAGAUCCGUAUCGCUCGCCCAGACGCCACCCCCUCCGAAGUCGAGCGCGCCCUCGACUCCAACAACGGCCAAGUCUUCUCCCAGCAGCUCCUCUCCUCCCGCGUCGGCGCCCAGCGCACCGCUCUACAGGAAGUCCAAAAUCGUCACGAGGAGAUUCACAAGAUCGAGCAGAGCGUCACCGAGCUCUUCACGCUGUUCCAGGAGAUGCAGGCGUUGCUGGAGCAGCAGCAGGAGACGAUCGAUGUGAUUGAGACGCAGGUCGAUGACACCCAUGUGAAUAUCGAGGACGGGAACAAGGAGAUGACGCAGGCGAUCGUGCACAGGAAGGCGUCCAGGAAGAAGGCGUGGUGGAUUUGCAUUUGCGUGCUCAUCUUGAUCGUCAUCCUCGUCAUUGUGCUGUACAUUUAUGUCAUCAAGCCCGCGAUCGAUACGGCUAACGCGGCCAAGCAGGCGGGUGCGAAAUAA